GCCCUUGAGGAUUAAAAAGGCACUGAAAUAGAAAAAUCAACUUUACAUGGUGGUUAUGAUUACAGUCAUGUUGUACGGAAAUCGCCCAUUAUCUCAAACAGGUGCGAUCGGGGUUAAUCUACAGGUGGACCCUGGCAAGCGUUCUUAUCGGUCACCGCUUACAGUUACAGGAAUGAUUAAUCUUAAAACACUUGCCGAUUGUUGAAAAGAUAGCAGUUACUUACUGGCAUUGGUACGGUGUUGUGGUCUGGUGUUCUCGCUACUCGAGGGAUAAUGGCGACCGGAGGAUUGAGCUCCUUGCCCGCACUGCUCAAGACAGUGUUGGCAAUCUUUUGCCUGGCAUGUAGGCCGACUGAAGCAGCCCCUACGUUCUUAGACUUGCUGGAGGACCCUAGCGAUAUUUCGACUCUUGUAAAGGCUGCGGGUUUUCUGGCCAACUAUGGCUACAUCUCCCCGGAGAAGGGUCAGACCUCCCCAGAGCAGAUGAACGUGACGGAGAUGUCCUUUGCCAUCCGGAAAAUGCAGCGGUACGCCGCGGUGAACCAGACCGGCGUACUGGACCAGCCCACGGUCAGGAUGAUUAACACGGCCCGCUGCGGAGUCCACGACGAACCGGAAGAGUUGAGCGAUUCGAGGAUCGAGUACUACGUGUCCGACACGGUGGUGGCCGCGGACUCCUCGUUGGGACGCAAGAAGAGAUACGCCGUGGCGGGACUCAACUACAAGUGGAAUAAGAAUGACAUCAAGUACAAACUUACCAACUACCCAGACGAGUCCAGAUCUAGAAUCACCAAAGCCCAGGUACGAGCCGAUACUGAGAGAGCCUUGAAAGUCUGGAGUGACGUCAUACCCUUGACCUUCAGCAAGGUCAACGUUCGUGAAGCAGCUGACAUGGAGAUCUUGUUUGGUUCCUAUCACCACACUGAGCUUGCCCAUGACCCGACCUUUGAUGGUCCGGGUGGCACCCUGGCCCACGCCUUCUUCCCAAACAGCGGCUGGGGAGAGGCUAACGGGGACGUGCACCUAGACGACUCGGAGACGUUCACACACCGCGAAUUUGCCGCCGAUGGGACGGACUAUUUAUAUACGGUGGCUCACGAGAUCGGCCACGCCCUAAGCAUGUCACACGCCACAGACCGAUCCUCGCUUAUGUUCCCGUAUGACAAGGGGUACAUACCUGACUUUGUGUUGCCUGAGGAUGACACCCGUGGUAUACAGCUCUUAUACGGGAAGAAGACCGACGCUCCAUCAAAUGACGGUGAAACGACUGCACCAGUCGCGCAUUCGGAGCACGAGGUCUGCCGUCGAGGCGUCGACAGUCUCACCAUGGUCGACAAUGUCCUACACGUGUUUUCAGGCAAUAAAUUCUGGAGGUUCUCUGAGACUAAGGACAUACUUGGCCAGGUAGAAGGGACCGUGAGCAGGGACUACUUUGAGCGACUGAAUGCGGGAACUACAGCGGUCUACACACGAUGGGAUGUCAAAUUGGUGUUCCUGAGGGGUAGGAACUACUGGGCAUAUGACGGCUCGAGCAAAGACCAAGCCAAGGCACGAAAGAUAGCAAAUCUGGGGGGCGUGCCCAAAUCACCCACUGCAGUCAUGCAUGACCGGGACCAGCGACACACCUAUUUCUUCAAGUAUUCAAAGGUUUGGAAAUACGACGAACAAAGCCAGAGUCUCGUGGACGGUUUCCCGAUGGGUGUACACAAGGCGUUCGAUGGACUGCCUAAAAAGGGUCGAGUACAGGCAGCAUUCACUGAUGAACAAGGCGAUCGAUAUCUUCUUGUUGGGAGGCAGUACUACCGGUUCCCGAAUGGGCAGAACCAGCUAGAUCCCGAAUUUCCCAAAGAUUUUUUGGUAGAUUAUUUCGGCUGCCAACCAGUGUUUACACAGUGAGCUCUGACGAAUUACAAGGUGGAAGCCAAGUAUUGUAAUUCGCAUUGGCUCAAAGGAGACGUUUUGUAUUUGUAUGUAAAUUGUUUUUCAAAAGUGCAGUGAAAUGCAGCACAUUUUAUGGUCAACUGUACAGAAACUGGGAUAUGGGAAUGAUGGGAAAUGUUUGUCGCCUUUAUGUACUUUAUAAAAAGAGAGGAUUUUCUUAAAUACAUGUUGAGUAUUUAAAACUACAGACUAUUGCGAUAAAUAGGCCACGCCUCUCUUAUAGAAGCAGCUUUGUAUGCAUUAUGUUCUCACAAACCUACAGGUUGAACAGGUAAAAAUGAUCACAGCUUCGGUGGUAUUCAAGAAUACAAGGAGGAUUUUUUUUUUAGGAUUAUCUGGUUUUAUUGUAUUAGAACUUUCGUCUUCAUUUCACGUGGUGUUACAAAGUUUUUCACGGAAGGAGUUGGUGUCUUACAAACGGGGAGGAGAUUAUAGUCAAUAGGAAGAAUGGUCACGUAAAUAAUAAAUACAUCAUUUUAGACAGUAUUCAAUCGACAAACGUUAGUUUGUAUAAAACAGUUAACAUUGAAACUUCAUUCUCAGUUUGUUUCUUAAUCUUAUGUAUAACAUCAAUUCCUAAUUAUUUUGUCGGUAUUUAAAAAUGUUAUUGGUAAUCGUUUCCUAAGUUUCGAAUAGCCACGUUUGUAUUCGUUAAUUUCAAUAAGGAUAGAUUUGUACAUAAUUUUCCGGAACACAUUAUAUUUACACAGAAGAGGAGGUUUUUUCAACGCCUGCAUGACUUGGCGGAAUUAUGUAAAAGUUAAUCAACUAAAAAUCAUAUUCCAAAGAAAUAGUUUAAAUCUUAUGGAGCAGCAUGGACUUCUUGAAGAGCUUCUGAAGUGAAUCUUUAUUAAAUAGGCACGUAUUUUGAGCGGUUU